GAAGUUUGGAAGAGGGAAAUAGCGGCGCAGGAAAACUAUCGUGUUGUUCCUUUGAGAUGCGUGUUCGUUGCUACCGGUUUGUGUUGCGGUCCUCGGUGCCUCUCGGCCCCCCACACUCCCAAUUCUCAGUUCUUCCGGGCUCCUGGACCGUGAUGGUGCUUGUCGGACACCCAACUUGCAAAGGUCGGACUUGUCGUUGAUGAAGGCCACAAACAAGAUGUCUAGAUUCGAGCCAUUGCGCCGCCGGGUACAGAUGUUUGUGAGAAAUGUGAAAAGAAUAAGUCAGAGCCCAGACGCG